AUGAAUCCCUCUCAGAAGAUGGUCGAAGAACUCAACAGUAUGAAGGCCGAUCUCAACUACGAGAUGGGUGGGAAGACUGAUUUCGAGCGUUCUCUGGUUGUGGCGACGCAGCCGAGCAUGUGGCCUGUCGCACGCGACAGAAUUGCGAGGGACAUGAUCGAGAUGAUGGACAAGCUUCUGAAGGACCCAUGCUAUCAGGCCAAGCUUCUAAUUUCCGGCACACCACCGCAGCAGGUUGCAGAAGCGUCCUUCUUCAGGGACUCUCCCUACAUGUCCGGUCUUGUUGUUGCCUACUGCCGCAACCACAUGAAGGAGGCUGGCAUCGAUCUUGCCAAUUUCUGGGCCACUUUCGCCAGUACUGCACAUAUCUACAACGCGGUGAAGCAGCUUGGCCUCCUGCGGGAGCCUUGGAGGGACUUGGAGAUUGCGCUCUCAAGAGCUGGUCUCGAGAGCAAGCUUUUCACUGGACCACCUCCCACAGACGGAAAAGACUUCUACAGGAAGUACAGUCUACAGUUGGGAUUUUCAGCUGUGAACUUUGCCAAUUUGCACAAGAAGAAGGCGGGCAAGGCCAAUACCGAUGCUGCGGGGACCAAAAUCGCACCCCAAGCCGAGAAGCGUCUCAUACAGCACGAACAGGUUGCUUCAACUUUUACCAGUCUCGUUUCCAAAUACUCGUACGACGGGUCAACGACGGAAUGGACCGAGUUGCUUGUAAGGAACAUUGCUGAAAGCACCACAAGACAUGGAGAGACCGUAUUUGGCGACCAUGGUGCCAACCGUUUCAAGAAGAUCGCGAGCAAAGUCCAGGGCAAAGAGGAGGCCAAAUCCCGGCCAAAGCCAAAAGAAGAGAAUGACACCGAGGCGGGGAAUCGCCUCAGUCCGUGGAAUACGGCCAUACAGCUCAGAAUGGCUCUUCAAGAAGAGUCAGUGGAGUUUGAAUUUCCGUAUCUUGAGUUCCAUCGCUCGGCUCGAUCAACGAUGGAAGUCAUCAAGGGCAUCGUAAUGGAGGCCCUCAAAGAGUUUCUGUCACUGGGUAUGGCAGAGGAAGACAUUGAAAUGCAACUUGCUGUCCACAUCGAAAACAUCAAAAUGCUUCCAGAUCCUCUGAAAAGUGUCUGGCGGGAGUACAAGCAGGACACUGAUUCCGUGGCUUUAUGGCUCGCCCCCACAGCUAAGGCUCGUGGGUUCACCGCCGGCCUACUGACGCCUGUCGCAGCACCAAAGAAGAAGAAGAAACGCACGCAAAAGCGCGUUCCGACCCAAUAUAUUGUGGCUAUCAAGGACUUUGUACCGCUUGCUAAGUUCAUCGCCGAUUGUGAGAACCCGGUCGUGGAUGUUCCGGCAUCUUUCGUCACCACCAUCAACCGGGUCAUCGAUCAAGUCCGGGAAGCUCUGCGGCCCCGGAUGCAAACCGCUACCGCAACAUGGCAAGAGUCAAGCUCUUCCUUCUUUGCUGAUGCGCUGCCGAGCAGUUUUGGAGCGCUGGAGUUGGAUGAGCCCUCCCAGUGCUCAAAAAAUGCACCAGAUAUCAAGAGACCCGAGCCCGACAAAGGCGUCGACAUGGCGGUUUACGAAGCCGAGCAAGCUGCAUAUUCCGAGUUGGAAGAUGCUAUGUUCGCAUACUCUGUCAUGCUGGAAGACCUCCGCAAGAUCCGAGUUCAGAUUGUGUCGAUGUGGGAGAACUACCACAAUGGGGUGAUCGACCUUGCUGUAGCCGCCGUUGCGACGAAUACCGCUAUAGAGCUUGCGCGUAACGUGGCAGAUGAGGUUAUACCUCUGUUCCGAUCUCAUGGCGGUGUUUGGAGAAUUGCUAGGCUGCACUAUUUCGCGGCAGCUCUUUCAGGCGGAUUCAGCCUUGAGGAUCUGGGUCUUUCGGUCGAAGGAGCGAACAACGGAGUGACGUUCAACUGCAAAACUUACGACAUCGCGAACGCAACAUACACCAUUGCAUACAAAUUCCUCGAGGAGUUCCAGGCGGUGUUACAACCCAACAUGCUGCCUCUUUUUAAGCCAGGCUUCUUUGGAACGUACGAUCCCACCAGCAAGUUUGAGACGAAGUCUCCUGAAGACAAGUUUCAAGAAGAUCAGGUCAUCAUGAUGGAGUUUUUCGGGGAACUCAUGGCAGUCAUUCGGUCACUUCCAGACUGGCCGGUGGAGGACGAGUUCCUCCGUGGCAUGCGAGAUAUGGACACCACGAAAGAUGUCCCAUUCUACCUCGUCUUUGCCGCACAGGUCUUCCUUGACAUCCAUCAUAUUCUAGGGAAUGAAGUGGAAAGAGGAUUCCAGGAAAUGAGCACCGAAACCAACAUCAUGCGCAAUAACCUCGAAAGUCACCUGGAGUUUCACAAAGAUCUCAAGAUUGACAGCUGGACCACGAAGCACGACGCACCCUUGAUAUACGCAAAGUCUGUUAUCGAAUGGCUCGGUACGGAUCCCAUCAACAAGAUCAUUGUGGAUCGUGCCCGCAAAGAGGGUAUGUCUCUCUCGCCUAAGAGCCGGCAGUACAGUCUUCUCAGACAGUCGCCCGUUAUGUCUGGUCUAAUUCUACACCACUUCCGUCUUGAGCUCUACGACAUAGGUAUUAGCGUAGCUAAUGCAUGGGGGUCCAUCACAUAUACGGAACACCUCUACAAUGUCAUAGCAAAAGAAGGCCUUCUAGAGGGACGAUGGGACGAUGUGCAUGUGGUGCGAAGCUCCUUCGGCCCAGGUACAUUUUACGUCGGUGAGCCCCCUUCCACACCGGAAGAUUACAACAAAAUGUUCUGUCUACAGAUGGGAGCAUCUGCCGCAUUCUUUGCGAAAGAUGGUAAGAGGCGAGCGAACGUAGCUCUGGCGUCGCGAUCCGGCCCCCGCGGCAUCGAGAAAGGUGCGCCCGUGUCCGUCAUGUUCCAGAAUCGAUAUACGCGACGUGGGUCUGGCAUGGAUUGGACCGCUGAGCGCGUCGACAACGUUCUAUCGCGUAGUGAGUGGGAGGAGGAAGACAGGGACGAUGGCGUCAUCAGCAUGGCUCGAGUCACAGACCCAAAGCAACUGGCAGAGAUCCGCAAGGGCAAGAAAAAGAAGUUGGCGUCGGAUCGGGGACGUUUGCCCCCCGAGAAGCUUAUCAGGUCGCUCCUCUGGGCACUGCAGAGCGAGACUUCGGAUAUUGCGUUUUCCUACCUCCUGAUGCAUCGCCGGUGCUGGGAGUUGCUCCGGGGUAUCAAAGAUCAGUGCGAUCCCUUGCUGAGGGAGCUGUUCACACCGGCGUACAUUGAUCAUGAGAGACAGUUGCCGUUUGUUGUAGGAUGGAUUCUCCGGGCGACAGCUGGUUUUGGUGAACCUCUACAGGAUCGUCGGUUGUUGGAGACCGCUGCGGUGGUUCUAAAUAGCUUCAUUUCUGAAGGAGGGAGUAUUUGUGGGACAGUGCUGGAGAUCAUCGGAGUUCAUGUACGAGUCGUGGAUGAUGUUGACACUGACGAGGAACUGGACGGUAAACCGGGCAUAACGAAGAUUGUGAGCGUACCGAGACUCAAGUGA